AAGAUAUUGGAAUUAGAAAAUGAUGAAGAAAUAAUAGACAUACCAGUGUGGUAUAUUAAACAAGUGGAAGAGUCAGAAGAAUCCGACUAUGAAAGUGAAUCAGGAGAAUCUGAUUAUGAACAAGAAGAAGGAAAGAAGUUAUAUACAGUAAAAGAAGCAAUAAAAGAAAAGGAAGUAGUAAAAGAAAAUGAGUCUCAAGAAGAUAGUGAAAGUUCCAGUGAAGAAAGCUCGUCUGAUGAUAGUGAAAUAUCUAGUGAAAAUGAGGAUUUAAUUAUAUAA